AUGGAGGAGUGUGGUUUCAACUUGUUGUGCAUUGACAUUAGAGAACGAGCAAGUGAACUUUUGAGUCUCAACCAAAGAUGCAACUCACCAUACAGAGACUUCAUUCCAGGACACAAUUGGUUGGCAGGUUUUCUAAGGAGACACCCAGGCCUGGAAAUUAAGAGAGCAUCAAAUAGAAUUGUACCACCAAGUUCUUCAAAGCUAAAAAUUUUACUUAAACGUUUCUUUGAAGUAUCUUUAAAUGCCUACCGUAAAGUAUGGGGUGACGACCGACCUUCACGAAUAUUCACCAUGGCUAUUGCACAGCUGCAAUCCAUCCCAAAAGUGAAGAUAAUAAUCACAGCAUCGGCAGAUGGAACCAUUUUGCAACCUUAUGUUAUUGGUCCCUUCAGCAAAUCUAUUAUAAAUCAAAUGCAACAGAUAUAUCCUGGAGCUAACUUUGUUGUGGACAGUAGUGAUGUACUUUCCAAAGAUAAAUUAUUGUCAUGGUUUCGAGACUACUUUGUUGAAAAGUUCAAGGCAACUUCUUUGCACAAACCUCAGGUGUUGUUUCUAAACCAGCCAAUAAGUGAGUCAAUGAUUGUUGGUAUUGAAUAUAAUUUAGAGAUGGGCAAACUACGGCCCGCCAAGGCCCACGAGGCUUUGAAAAGGAGUAUCUCCAUCCGAUUGGUGGAAAUGUCAGCCCAUUUCAAUGUUCACCUGGUUGGCAUGCCGACUAACCUCACCGGUGUAUUACAGCCUUUGAACAUGUCUUUUAUCAACCAACUCGAUGACCUAGCACGCAAGCAAAGUAAAUGGGUGAAAGAACAUGCAGCAGGUGCUAAUGAAGUUGUUGGUCAAGAUGAUUGUACUCUUAGUUGCAACUUGAAUGCAGUGCAAAUAGCUCAGGUUUUGAAGCGAGUUUUUGACAGAAAUACAGCUCUCUCUGAUGAAGUCCGUCAAAAUUUCCAUAACUGUGGUCUCUAUCCACUGAGUAGUCGAGCUAUUUCUGCUGAAAAACUCAACUCUCUUUCUAUGAGUACAAAUGGUCUCUUAGAUGAUUCAUGCGGCAAUUACAAUGAUCAUUUUGGUGAAAUUACAGAUAAUAGUCCUUCAAAAUUUGGAUCAGGAUACAAAAAUGGAGCUUGUAUAGGAACUAGAUCAGGUAGUGUUUACAUCACUGAGGAUAAUAGGCAGUUGAAUUUGGGACAAGAUAGAAGAGAAGAGGACCAUGGUCUUCAUCUAUUGUCAGAACUUUCAACUGCAGUUCGAACUACCCCUACUACUCCACCAGUUGCUAAGUGUUACGUUACAUCUCAACUGCACCCCAUAUCUAGGCAUCCAUCUGUCAACCGUGGAAAAGUGAAUGAGAAGAGAUGCAGCGAAGGUGAGAAUAACAGUGUGAAUUACAGCAACAUCCCCAAGCAAUCUCAGCGCACCAAGCGAUUAGCAGCAGGAGCUUCAGAAAAACUGAUGAAAAGAAUUCUGAAACGUGACGCCAAUGACGAGGAUGAUAAUGAUUAUGAAACUGAAGAUGGGUGCGAGGAUGGCCCUGCAGAGGAAGAUGCUGACGAUGGCUACUCCCUGAACAACCACCCAGUCGACAGAAAAAGAAGAAAGAAAGAUAACAACGUCUAUCACUCCAAUUAUGAUACCGUUGAUAAUGGUAUGUGUGAUAAUGACAAUUCAAUGAGUGAAGAUGAGAGUGAGGCAGACGAGGAGGAGGAGGAAGAGGAAGGAUGCUCUAGAACAAGACCAGUUGAUGAUAAAUAUCUUUUAAGAAGGCUUAAUGCUUUGACGCUAGCGGAAGUUGAAAUGAUUAGCAAUUAUAAUGAAGAUUUUCAUACCAACGACCAUCACCAUAAUCACUUUGACAGCACUUACAAUUAUGCAUCACACAAACAACAAAGCCACCAUUCUCGACAUUUUGUAGCUGCUGGUACUAGAUCAAAACAUCACUCACAUCGUUUGAAAGAGAACACAACCAUAUCUGGAGGUUUGCACAUCAGUGCUGGCAAUGAAGCCGAAAUAAUUUCUCAGGCCGUUGAAAGCAUUUUACCUUCAGUUCACUAUGAAAUUAACAAUGAUAAUAAUGGUAAUAUAAUAUAUGAUGACAAUAUUAUCUAUCAAACAAACGGUGACAGUGGGUCUAAUUUUAUAAAAAUUGAUGGAAAAUUAUUUGAAAAUCUAAAUCCUCUCUCCAACGUAAAAAUGCCUCCUUUGCUAACAACGUUAUCUAAAACUCCAAAACUGAAAUAUUCUUUAAAAAAACCACUUAAUCAACAUAAACAACAACAAAUUUGCAUACAUAAAAAUGAAGAAAAUAAUAUACUAUCAGAAGAAAUUCCUAUUCAAAUUCAUAAUAUUAUUUGUACUGAUGCUGAUGGUUUUUCACAAGCUUCUACAGCAACUAUUUAUUACAAUGAAAAUGAGAAUCCUGCAACAAUCAUUACACAGCCAAAUGAAUUUUAUGCUAAGACUAUGCAGGGACAAGAUGAUGGGGCAAACAAUUUAGCAUUUCCGGUCAAAUCUGAAUCAACUAGCUCAAAUGGUCAAACAAAUUUGGAUCUUGUACAUGUUGCAGUUGAUGAAAGAUUGCUGAGUGACGUUAUUAGAAAUGUGAAUGUUGAAAUGUCAGAGGUUUCAAUGUUAGACCAUUGCACUAAGAAUGAGAACCGAAUUUGUGAUCUAAAUAAUGACAUUAAUAAUGCUAAAGAUGAUUGUGUUGAUGAUUCCACAAACUCUGCAGAAAAAGAAGACUCAACAUCAACUUUUAAAAAUAGCCCCGUAACAUCAACAACAACGUCUACAUUAUCGACAUUAACAACAUCAACGCCAGCGUCUGUUGUGAUGUUGACCUCGUCAUCACAUUCAGUUACAGUCCUCCAAUCCUGCUCUCCAACAAUUCAAACCCCGUCGACUAUAUUAUCUCCGUUCUCGCAUUCGCCAGCGUCGCAUUCAACAUCACCAUCAUCGUUAAUAUCAACCAUGUCUCAGCUUACACCAACAGCAAAUAACACAAAAGCAACAACCAAAAAUACCACUGAAUCAUCGGCAACAGUACUCGUACAGCUGGGGGACGAGACAUACGACUUGAAUACAAAAGUUAGAAUGAUGAAAAGUAUAAAAAUUGGUGGUCAACAAGUUGAGAUCAUCAGAGUUGUAUCAUUAAAAGAAGCAUUACAUGAUUCAAAUAUCAAUGAUCCCGACCUUGUUGAUUAUUCUCUACAACUUCUUGAUUGA